UGCGGAAACUAGGUUGACGGCAGAACGCCCAGGGGAAGAUGAUGGGCGAGAAGAGCAACACCAGGUUCGAUAUGGAAGAAUUGAAUGGGGCUGACUCGGUAAUCUUCUGAGAUGAUGAGAUGUCGUUGGAUGAAUUGGAUCUUUAACGUUGGAACAAAGCUGAAGCUCGCUUUACUUGAGAUGGAAAGAGCAGGCAUCAAUUGCCCCCGGCCCCCAGCUCCUACCCCCAGCUGCCAAGUGGGUCACGUGCUGAUUCUGGAACACGGCGGGGAGGGAAGGAAGCAACGGCCAUGGUCCAUGGCCCAAGCUCCUGCAUUCUUUGGCGAUCCGGGGUUCUGCUGGGCAAGGUAUUUUCGCCUCCCCCGAACCAUCCUCCAUGGAAUUCCAAGCUGCGCAGCCAUCACAUUCCGAUCCCUACCCACCUCCCUUUUACCAACUUUCCAACCAACAGAUACUUGCACAACCACCAUGAUCCUGUCACUUUGUCAGCUCGAACAAGAGCCUACCUCCCUCCGCCACGGACGCUGGCAACUGGCUUCCAGUCUGUCAACUUUCACAUUGGCGCCUGGCAUACCUGCUGAUGCCUUCGCCGCUAGUCGCCGGCGCCAGUCUCAAUGGAAUGCCUUGGAAACAUCCAUCUUUCGCAGUCUCUGGCAAGGUACUCCGUAGCUCGGAAGCCAUCGCACACUCCCACCACGAUCAAGUCUUAUAUCCGCAUUCUCGUUGGAUGCGCGACCAGCCCUCCCCUCCAUCUCAGUGUCCCGAGACUCUGGAUGGCGUUCUUACAUGAGAAUGGCAGCUAGGUAAGGAUAAUCAGGGAAACCUGGUGUCACCCGGUCCCUCCAGCCUUUCCCAAAAAGCCGGCCUCUUCCAGUAAGCGUCUUUCCACGGCGGGCUGAUACCGGCACGGCGACCCACAAACCAGUCACGUUCUUAUCACGGCCCGCUGCCCGACUUCAAUUU